AUGUCCUGCACUGGUCCACACACGACCGUCCGUGGCGUGCAGUACUGCAUCCUUCUACCUCAGAUCCCUUUAUCAUCCAGUGGCAGCGACAUGGUCUUGGCUCAAGUCCGUCGUUGGCUGGAGGAUACCUCAAGCGUCGCUUGUCUCUCUCCACCCGAUACUCAACAGCUCUGCUGGGACGUCGAGAACUUCACCGUGUCUCUCAAUUGUGACCCCCUCUACGUCACCUUUGCACCACCCAAAGGUUGGCCAGCGCCGGGCGAGACGGACUUCUUCCAAUUGAUGCUUCACCGCCAACACAUGGCGCAAGUGUUCGGGCCUGACUACAAGGAGACCUUGAGAGAGCACUUGAAGGCAACGCAGUCAUCGAAAGGCGAAGCGAAUGAUACUGUGGCGAAGCCUGCCCCUGGAAAGGCAGGCACGGCAGCUGAGCUGCCCAAGAUGGAAAGCCAGAACAAGGAAGAGCGCCGCCAAAUCCUCAUCGCUCCGGCAGACGCCAGAGCCGACCAAAGUGGGGACGUAGAAAUGGUAGACGACAACUACAAGGGUACAAGCGUCCUGAAGCUUCUCAUUGACGGCUCCCUCGUGCUGGGCAACAAGUACCUGAUCGAUGCACUCAAGGACCCUGAUCUCAAGUACUCCACUUCACACAGCGCCGAUAACGCCCUCGAGGCUAUCCAACAAGGCUACAAGAUUGUUGUUGAAUGGCAAGAGCCUCAGGAGGACGGCGGUGAAGAUAUCCCAUCUGACACUGAGUGGCUUCGCAUCAUCCCUCGAACCAAGCCAGAGGAUACGGUCUAUUUUGUCACCGAGGAUGGCCACCUCUCAUCUUCCUCCUCUGGAGACCGUUCGGAAGUCCGUGACGAGUACAACACCAUUGAUCGACCCGCCGUCCUUUUCGAGUCGGAGCGCAGGGAGCUUCAGGCCGCGAUCACGGGCGAAGGAUGGCCAUGCAAAGUCGAACAGAACAAGGUUGUUGUCGAGCUCUUGGGCCAGACGCUCCACCUGAGCCAACAGAAUAUCCAGCCUCAACCGAUUGUAGACGCCGCCGCUGGACGCAUCAAGGUUCGCCGCUUGAAAGGUAGGGCCAGCGACGGCGCUGCAUGUCAGCCAAUGUCGUGCAGCUCGGAAGCCUCGUGGGUCUUGCACCGUUACGAGCUAGUCAUCGAGCUCGAAGGCAAUGCUGAGCAACUUCGACUCUACAUGCCCUUCGCGAUCCAAGUUGACACCGAAUGGGAGCGCUUGCUCUCCCCGUUCGCCGAAGCUCUGACGGUAGACUUGCUCCACAAAGAGGACGGUCGCCUUGUCUACUACAAGCAGCGUGACUCCGGCACGCAAGCUGAGCUGCUUCGUGGCAUUCACGUCCGCAUCCGAGAAGGAGGAGCACGCUGCCCUCUCACGACUACGGAGGAUGGCUACUGGCAGUUCGUCCUGCCUGGCGGACAAGACAAGUCGAUUGGUGGGAUCACGGAGCCGCAUGGCUUUAAGUCUCACGAUCCCAUGGCCGCCUUCACUGGGUUGAGGAUCAAAGGCCCACCGGAGAAGAUGAUCGAGCCGCAUGACGUGCUGCUGACAGGGAACGAUAGUGCGGAUGAGGUAGCAUUCUGGGGCGGGGGCAUCAGUUUUGACUUGGUGAGGCGGGGGAAAGCCCAGCCUAAUUUCGACGUGAGGGUGUGCUAA